CGAAGUAACCGGUAGAUUUUACUUGAUUUUAUAAAAAUAUUUGUCAGUUGUCUUAAAAAUUAUGAUGCGUAGUAACUGAAAAAAAUAGAAAAUAUGCAAAUUCGUGUGAGACCUCUUUUAUCACUGAUAAAAAAACUAUUGUGUCUUCAAUAAUAUUUGUUGUUGGAUGAACUAUUGUAAGUUGGUAACCUUUAACCGUAAGCAAUGCUGAAAAGUAUUAAAGUUUUCAUUGCGUCAUGAAAAAAAAGUUAACCACAAAAAAACAGCAGUAGUUCACGUAUGUUUGACUAUAUCGAUCCGUUUAUUUUGUAUUUAAUCAUUCGUUAACUCUAUACAUAAACAUACGAUCAAAAAAAGUAUCAUUAAUUAGUAUAAUCCGAAAGAGGAUUUGAAAACAUUUUGAAUAUUGUCAAUAAAGUUUAGAAUAUUUUAAGCAAUUCAUUAAGACGUAGCGAUUGAAAAUAUGAAGAAAAGACUUUGACUACGAAUUUCACACAAGUUGUUUUUUGUGAAUGUGACUUUGCUGAAUGUUCUAACCUAAAUAACUGUAAAGAAGUUUUCGACAAUUUUCAGUGAUGGAAAUACGGUAGAUUAGAGUUUAUUUUAUUUUUUAUUUUCAUAAAAUUAUUUUUGUCGAUUACAACUUAACCUAUUUUAUAUGAUAUACUAUUUAUUAUAAUUGUAAUAAAUGGUCCCAACGACAAAAUUAUUAACGACUGUUUCUUUAGCUAAUGUAGUUGGUCGUUACAUUCAUACAGGAUUAUUUCAACAAGAAUUUAAGCAGAUCUUUCAUAUGUCGGAAGCAUCUAUUGAUCAUUUGCUUUUUGAAAAUCACUCUAAAAGUAUUUCGAAUCAUUCAGAAGUUUUUUAUUCAACGUAUAACACUAUUACACCACAGUACAAAUAUCAGAAAAGUAUUUUUAAAGGAGAAUAUUUAAAUAAUAAAACAAAAAUGGAACCUAUGUUAAAUCAGUGCAUUGGCGAUAGUUCUAAUGAUUGUUCAAGUGUAUCAAAUACUCGAACAGAGCCUAGUGGUACAACUUUUGUGCAAGAAAUUAGAAAUGAUAUUAAUAAUUUAUCACAAAAAUUUCAAUAUGGAAUCAGCCGAAGGAAGUAUAAAGAAUUGAGGCCAUGGAUAACACUAAAUAAUGGAACUGUAAACAAAGACACUGAUUUUAUUCUUCGAAUUUUAUCUUAUAAUAUUCUUGCUCAAAAUUUAUUAGAAACUCAUUCGUACUUAUAUCGAUAUCAUCAUCCAGGAGCAUUAGAUUGGAAUAUCAGAAAACCUCUGAUUCAAAAAGAAAUAUUAGAAGCUGAAGCUAAUGUGAUAUGUAUACAAGAGAUGCAAUUAGAGCAUCUGAAAGACUUUUUAAUACCUUUUAUUGAAAAGGAAUAUGACUAUCUCUACAAAAAACGCACAAAUAAUACUAAGGAUGGGCUACUUCUUCUGUACAAACCUAAAGAGCUACAAAUAGAGAAUUACGUUUAUGUUGAGUAUCACCAAACGUCAACAGAUAUUUUGAAUAGAGAUAACGUUGGAAUAGUAGUUAAAUUUUCAUUGAAAGAGAGUCCUAAUACUUUCUUUGUUAUUUCUACAACACAUCUACUUUACAAUCCCAAACGAAAUGACGUUAGAUUGGCCCAGACCCAAAUACUUUUUUCUGAAAUAGAAAGAAUUGCUUUUAUUGAGAAUACAGAAAGUGGACCUUCGUAUUAUCCAAUAAUUGUAUGUGGAGAUUUUAACUUGCAACCUUUUACUGGUGUUUAUAAUUUUAUAACAAAAGGAUCAUUUCAUUAUGUUGGAAAAGGACAAACUUUGGAAAACAGGGGCUUUAUGCGUUUGAGUAAUUGCUUGAUUCCUUCUUCUCUUCUUGUCACUGAUAAUUGCCAACAUUUUAAUGUUUUGACAAAGAGAUUAAGAGGUGUUGGGAGUGAAAAAAUUAUGUUGUCAAGCAAUGACUCUGCUAAUAAAACAAAUGGAGAAAUAUACAACGCAAAUUCUGAAGUUAAUGAAGUUGAUGUUACUUCGAGAGGUCAUCAAGAAAUUAAGAUAAUUGAAGGGAAAUCUGCUCAUUUUUCAUCUGGCGUUUUGACGCAUCCAUUCAAAUUUAGUAGUGUUUAUCAGCACAACAAUUGGAGAAGAGAAAUGGAAGCCACUACAAAUCAAGGACAAUGGAUUACAGUUGAUUAUAUAUUUUUCACUGAUGUUGAACCGUUAAAUCGAUAUACUCUGCCAACAGUAUCAGAAUGUGAAACCUUACCUUUGAUACCGAACUUUACGGUAGGUAGUGAUCAUCUUUGCCUUGGUGCCACAUUCAAACUCAAGAAAAAACAGAUUAUGAGGUGAAAAAAUUAUUCUUGUUUUUGCUAGAAUAAUUAGCCAAUUUAGAUGUAUAGCUUUGUUUUCAUUAUGUGAAUAAAUAAAUAAGAAUCAUUUAUUUUUAAUUAAAAAA